AUGAGAAAUGAUUACCUUUGUGGUAUCCGUCCGGAUUUCCCACAUAUGACGCCAUUCGUUCAUGUGUCAAGCCACACCUUCCCUGACCUGAUAACCGGAUUGUGGCCCGCGGGAAAUCCGGCUGCUUGGAUACCACUUGUUCGUUUAUCUAUGCUUCUGAAUGGCGCUUGUAACCAUUUGCUCGGAUCACUUGCCGUAAACUGCGCAAAACACGCAGAAGUUAUGUUUAAAAUAAAAGGCCUUCCAAUGUGGGUGAAUUCGACACGAAAAUCGAUCAUUUCAUCACGUGCGAGUGGGUAG